AUGUCUAGGAACGACUUCUCCGAACGCGACUUAAUACCUCUUUUUAACGUCUAUAAGAAAUAUCUACCAGAGCGCUCCUAUCUUAGCGAGAACCUAUUGAAGAAGGGAUCUCUAGAUAAAGAUAUGGUCACUAUUUGUAUAUUAAGAGAACGUACCGUUUACUAUCCCGGUAUAGCCCCCGAGGAAGGCUGCUGUCUAAUAUAUAAGAAGUCUAUACUAGAGUAA